GGCACACGAAUUACGUCACGCUCCGUGUGGAGAAUAUAACUGAGGUCGCGGAUUACGCUCAGCGCUUUUCUGUAGAGGAGACAAGGGUAGCAUCAUGCCGAGCCCGCGCGCACGGAACCCGAGGAGAGAUAUAGGCUUUGUCACGCAGUUUGUCAUAAAAAACAGUUUCCACUGAUGCUGGGUGAACUUUUUUUUAGUGUCACGGAUUUUCAUCAUGGGAAAGUGUGAAUUUUAAGGGACACUCAGGACGCAGGUUUGGAUACGGCUCGCGCGUAAUUGCGCACAAUAAAGUGGCCCCCUUAGCAGCUCCCCGUGCGCACUGAUCUCACCACUGGAGCGUCUGACAUGGAACAGUCCCAACAGUGUGUAGCCAUGUAUCUACUGGUGCUCUCCCUCGGACUUCUGAUGGACAGGGGGAUUUGUCAGCACUACUACCUUCUCCGGCCCAUCCCGAGUGACAGUCUGCCGCUUGUGGAAUUAAUAGAGGACCCAGACCCCGUCUUUGACCCCAAGGAGCGGGACCUUAACGAGACCGAGCUGAAGAGCGUCCUGGGAGACUUUGACAACCGCUACUUGUCCGUUUUGCCGCCAGUGGAGGACAAAUACAUCGGGAACGAUGAGCUCGAUGACUUUGAGGUCCAAAAACCCGGUGGAGUACUGCCGAAGGAAAUCCGAGCUGUGGAUUUCGACGUCCAGUUCGGCAAGAAGCACAAGCCCAGUAAGAAACUGAAGCGGCGGCUGCAGCAGUGGCUGUGGGCGUACUCGUUCUGCCCGGUCGUGUACACGUGGACCGACCUGGGGAACAGGUUCUGGCCGCGAUUUGUGCGGGUGGGCAGCUGCCUCAGCAAAAGGUCGUGUUCGGUUCCGGAGGGGAUGGUGUGUAAACCUGCGAACUCGACCCACCUGACGAUACUGAGAUGGAGAUGCGUGCAGAGGAAAGGGGGGCUGAAAUGCGCCUGGAUACCGGUGCAGUACCCGAUCAUCACAGACUGCAAAUGCUCCUGUUCAAGUUAAAAACAGACUCUAAAUAAUAAAUUAUAAGCUCAUUAUUUUUGUGAUUCUUUUCUCACGUGCACUACCGAGUGUAGGAAUGUAUUUUCUGUAUAUGCGGUGCCAUGCAGUUAUAUAUAGCUCCCUGUACAAAGUCAGUAUUAUUUGUAACCAGAGCCUACUUUAUUUGUGGAGAAUAUUGGUUAUAUAUUUUGUAUUUAUGGAGAUAUGGCGCAUAGAGCCACGUAAGGACUUGCUGUUUUCCAUAUUUGGGUGAAGCAGAUCGACCUCAGAGUUAAACGUGGAUUAUUGAUACAGCUGAGUAUCGGUGACUUGUUUUAUCCUGUAAAUUAAGGAAAUGUGCUAUUUAUUCUUUAUAUUCGUACAAUAAAACGACACUGAAAUGACUUAAACUGCUUUUCUUUUCAUUCUAUGAUCACUUCUAUCGUAUUCUUAAGGACUGGAUAUCUUUAAGUCACCUGUCAGUGCGCACGUGAAGUUCUCACGCUAACACCAUUUUACGCAUCACGUACUUUUCACAAUCACGCACUUACAUACUGCAUCAUGGUAUCUGGUUUAUUCCGUAUUACAAUGUAUGUGGCAACACUAGUGAUUACAGAAACAAAAGAGGAUUUGGUGUUGAAGUAGAGUGUUUGUAAGUAUUUCUGGAUUUAUUAGACAAUAAUCCAAUAUCGGUGUUUGAUUUAGACACCAUGUGGUCAAUAGUUCUCUCCUGGCCUCCAGUUAACCAACACUAUCUUAUCACUAUGAAUGUGUCAGUCAUACGUCAGACCUAUUGCAUGCUGAUAAAGGAAGACGCAGAGAUUCAGUGAUUGAAGGAAUCAGCAGCUGCUAACAGCUCUCAUUCCUUCAUCUGCACAACUCCUCCUCUCCAUUUGCAGCCCAGCAGGAGCUGAGCUGAGGAGAGGAGCUGAGAGAAGUGGAGGCUGAUGCUCCACAUGCCUCUACACUUUUAUUCCACUACAUUUAUUUUACAGUCAUCUUGUAGAUGCAUAUUUUAGAUACAAAUCAUCAACUCAUGCUGCACUGUUUCAGAUAAAAGUCUGAGGUGGAAGAAGUUUCUUUAGUUACAGUAUGUAAAGUGGCAGUACUAAUAAUAAUAAUAGAAGCGGUUAUGAGUGUAAAUUCUCAUUAAGUAGAAGCAGAAGUAACAGCAAAAUAUACUUCAAGUAUCAAAAGUAAAAGACCCCGUCAGUGAUGUUAAAUAUCAUAUUAUUAUUAUGUAGCAUAAAUAUGUACGCAGUUACUGUUGGUGGAGUUGGAGCUGAUUUUAUAUAUACUGCUGGGUAGUUCAUCAUAUUUUAAUAGCUGAUCAUAUGUUUUUGUUAUUGUAUGUAAAAUAUUAAUUAAAUGUUAGCUAUGGCCAUCAAAUUAAUAUAGUGGAGCAAAUAAAAAAAAAAAACUGCAAUAUUUCUCUAUAUAUAUGUAUAUGAGUAUAUGUGCAUAAGUAAAUACAUUUACUUAGUUACUUUCCACCACUGACUUAACUACCAAACAGUAUAUAAAGUAGUUCAAAUGGGCUCCAGCUUUAAACAUUAAAAUGCUGUUACACAAUACUAAAUCACUGAUAGUGU